CCGCAGCGGCUUCCGGUUCCGGUCCGCCGGGCGCCAUGGCGGCCGUGGGGAACGACCCACGGGCGGGCGACGUGGAGGAGGACGCCUCGCAGCUCGUCUUCCCCAAAGAGUUUGAAACGGCGGAGACGCUUCUAAAUUCGGAAGUCCACAUGCUCCUGGAACAUCGCAAGCAGCAGAAUGAGAGUGCGGAGGACGAACAGGAGCUUUCGGAGGUUUUUAUGAAGACUUUGAACUACACCGCCCGCUUCAGCCGUUUCAAAAACAGGGAAACCAUCGCCAGCGUCCGCAGCUUGCUGCUCCAGAAGAAGCUCCAUAAAUUCGAGUUGGCCUGUUUAGCCAAUCUUUGCCCUGAGACAGCCGAGGAAGCCAAGGCCCUGAUUCCAAGCCUGGAAGGUCGAUUUGAAGACGAGGAGCUUCAGCAGAUUCUUGAAGAUAUCCAGACCAAGCGAAGCUUCCAGUAUUAGCCGCAAACACUAAAGCCUCAGGAAAACCAGAGGAAGAAGUUCUAACUGUUCCUCCGCAACUCCGAAAAGCACAAACCCCAGUAGCGGAAAGAAUCACUUCAGUUUGGCCUUCCAUGGUCGGAACAGGGUGAAACAAGUGUCGUGCGGACAGUGCGAUUUAACCACGGACGGUUGCGUACGCUGGCUCUUCGACUGCCGUAGACAUGGCAAGGACUCCUUUACCGUGACAUCCGUCGGCGCUCGGCACGGGAUCGUGGGAUGCUUUCCCCCGAGAACCCAUCCCCUCACUCUUCAUCUUUGCCCCGAGAAUCUACAAGAAAUUCCUAAUCUCUGGUUUGAGUAAAUGUGGAAUGUGAUUCUUCGGGGAGCUAGGAAUCUAGGAAUUUUUGUCCCUUCUGAACAUUUGAAGUCAUAGUGGUGCAAUCAAGACUCGAGAUGAAGUAGCUCUAUGAUCUCUCGACACAAAGGUGCCCGUCACCCGGCUUUUUCUAUGUUACUGUUUUGUCUCAAUUAAAUGUGGUAUUUUUCA